ACUGAAUCGGCUCACUUGUACCUACCGGAAAUAUCUCACAGAAGUAUACUAUGGAAGACGACUUUAGUGUGGAAAAGCCCCGGAUCGCCAGGCUUACAGGGCCCAAUUAUAGGCCCUGGAGCGUUCAGGUACGUAGGCUUUUGAUUAGUCAAAGCCUAUGGAACGUGGUUAGCCUAGGGGUGGAAAUUGCUACUGUAGAACCGGGUUCUAUAGGGGGUUCUGGAGAUAGGAGUGAUCCUAAGGCCUUAGGGCCUUCUAGUGAUUAUACGGAGGUAAAGGACGCUAAGGCGAGUACUAUAAUUAUGAGUUUAUGUACUCAGGGAGCCUUACAGCAUAUAUUACUUCUUGGAACGGCCAGGGAGCAAUGGGAUGUACUAAAAGCUUUAUAUGCCCCCCUGGGCAUAUAG